CCUGUUCUCAGAAAGAAGCAAGAUCGCAACUUGGAGGCUGGCACAAACCUGUCACCGAUAUUUAUUUUCAUAGUCUUCUCUUUUGUAUUUCCUCAGCUCACGUCUUUUCGGUGAAAAGAUCAAUACCUGGCCGGCGGGGCCAUAUGCAUAGUUGCUGCACGCUCGUCGCACCUCAUCCGACCAAAUACAUGCACAACUGGUUGCGACCGCUUUUUUCCAGUGGAAACCGAAUCCGAUAUCUGCUCCGAGCAAGCAUCCAAUAACGGCGCUCUGCUCCAACACAACUCCCAAAACAACGAUAGAUUUACACACAGGGGGUUAUCGACUUUCUUCCGAUCAGCAUGUCGAACUACUACGGCGCACCCAACAACCAAGCAUACGGGCCCUCAUCGGCCCAGAACCUCCAGUUCUACCCCUCCACAUACUCACCCGGCGUCGGCGGCGGCGCACAACCACAACAAGGAAGCUACGGCGGCUACGGAGCUCCCCCGGCGCAGCAAGGUGGCGGCUAUGGCGUCUCGUCCGGUGCUGGUUUCAAUUCGGGCUUUGGCGCCGCGGCGGGGGUUUCGGGGCGCAUGGGCGAGCAGGGCGGCUUGAGGACGGGUCUCUUGGCAGCCUUCUCUACCGAAGGUUACGAGGGUGAGCCGCCGCUGUUGGAGGAGCUUGGUGUGAACUGGGAUCAUAUAUGGAAAAAGACACUCGCCGUGCUCAACCCCUUCAAGCGUAUAGAUCAACACCUCAUGGACGACUCAGACCAGGCCGGACCGAUACUAUUCUUCAUCCUUUUUGGCUUCUUCCUGCUAUUCUCGGGCAAGCUUCACUUUGGCUACAUAUACGGCCUCGCGGCCCUGGGAUCAAUCGCCCUGCACCUCAUUCUCUCCCUAAUGUCACCCAGCGACGGACCCCACUCCUCCGCCCCCGGUGCCGCACCCCCUUACUCGUCGUCACCCGCGUACCCCGACGCCUCGGGAUCUGCCGUGUCGGGCGGCGGCCCAGGCCAGCAGGCGGGCGGCCACCUGUCGAGCACGCUGACCAUCGGCCGCUCGGCGUCCGUGUUGGGCUACUGCCUGCUGCCGCUGGUGGGGACGUCGGCCAUCGGCGUCGUCAUGCCCAUGGAUACGCCCUUUGGCAUCGUCCUGACCGCCUUCGCCAUCAUGUGGUGCACGUACAGCGCCUCAGGCAUCUUUGUCGCCGUCGGCCGCAUGCGGGGUAUGCGCGGUCUGGUCGCCUACCCGCUCGCCCUUUUCUACGUCGGCUUUGGUAUCAUGAGCAUCUUUAGCAGCCGCGGAAGUGGGUCCAUGGCCAAGCUGGCUGACGGUUCGUCUCGUGUUGCUGCAUGAUCAAAGUGUUUCAAAAACGGGGUUUGGAAUGAAAAGAAGAAGAAAAAACAAAAAAAAGGACAUCAGAGGCGUGGGAAGAAUAGCUCGAUGGCUGUCGAAAGGGUUCUCAAUGGGCCCGGACAUCAUCAGAGUGAAACACAGGACAAGCAGCAGUGACCCAACUUCUAGGACCUCAAUUGCUCGCUUGUCUGCACGAGGGGGAUGGGGCUCUUGUGGGGAGGUGCCUAUGAUGUGUGAAGGAUUGCGGCUUGAACGGGCGCAUCAUAUGCAACGGAUUGGCGGGCUUGACGCGCGGAAGAUAAGGGGAGCUCUUGCUGAUGAUAUAUUCUACACCAAGCCGGCGACAGGCGAGUUUUUGACCCAUGUACUUUUGUAUAGAAAAGGCGUUGUUAGCUCUGGAGGAUGAUACACUGGGAUAUCAUGUUAUGCAUGUUCUGGGGAUGCCAAUAACUAGCCGUA